CUAUGAAUUUUAUUCAAUGGAUUCUGGCGUCAAAUCAACAAAUCUUGAUGCUUAUUCUUGGGUAACUUUAACAUUCUUUUUAUUGGCCAUAGUAUUUGUGAUACGUCCUGUGAAAAUACCACUUGGAAAACGACAAACUUCAACAACAAAACGUUGGUAUCUUUAUCUAAACUUGGCGACUGCUCCUCCCUUGGCUGUACUUAUUCUAUUACUAUGUCAAGCAACGGAUAUAACAACUAUCAAGAUUGGACUUAUUGGCUCAUUAGGAAUUCAACCAUAUUCGAUUCUCAUCUUGUUUUACUCUCUGGCCUAUAUAUGUGUAUCUCUAGAUAUGACUGGUAUUUUUCAAUUCCUUGCUUUCUGGGUAGCUAAACGUGCUGGAAGUCGAGGUCAUCUUGCCUUUACACUCUUCUUCAUCUUGACAAGUGUGAUGAGUGGUUUAACUAGCAACGAUGUGGUCAUUCUCACUGGUACAGCAUUCUUGGCUUAUUUUACUCGCGUCUCUGGUAUUCUUCCUAUUGCUUUCAUGAUGAGUGAAUUCAUAUCUGCCAAUAUAGCAUCAAUGGCUUUGUUUAUUGGGAAUCCAACCAAUGUAGUGGUAUCUACGGCGUACAACAUUAGUUUUAUCCAAUAUUCGGCAUGGAUGCUUCUUCCUACUAUAGGUGGACUGAUGAUGGCUUACCUUAUGUUACGGAUUGUAUUUCGACAUCAACGUUAUUUACCGAAAGAGGUUCCUGCUCCAGAUGAAGAGAUUGAUCCUACUUCUUUCUUGAUUGAUCGAUUUGGGGCAUAUUUUGGUAUUGCGUUACUCGUGAUUUGUUUGUUGACGUUGAUUGGUACAUCAUUUGUGUCUGGUGUAGAAGUAUGGAUGGUAACACUUCCUUUUGGCGGAAUAGCUCUUCUUAGAGAUCUAUGGUACGACGUCCGGCAUAGAAUACCGACUCCUGCAACAAGAUCAUCCUUCUCAUCUGAUCGUAUGGUGUCUCUUUCUACGGUGAAUCGGGAUACUGUUUUGACAACAAGUGAAUUGGAUCAUGAACUUUCGAUCAUACGUAGCAAGAAAACGGAUGGAGAUGGUACAAAUAAUCAACAAGAAGAAAAGUCCAUAGAAUAUGAUAACGAUGAUGAUGAUAGUAUGAUGAAGAAGCAAGAGUAUAUAUCGUCAAGGUGGAAAGACAAGAUUCGAAUCAUGCAACUAUGGUGGCUGCAUCAACAAUCAAGAUCAGUAACAAUAACGGUAUGGCGACGGUUGCCGUGGACAAUCCUUCCGUUCAGUUUGGGCAUGUUUGUUCUUGUUGAAAUUUUAUCUCAAGUUGGCUGGACCGGAACAUUUGCCGGAUUAUUGGUGGGCUUGACCAAACAUUACAUGGUGGCGGUGGUGGGAAUGAUGAUAGUGACCGUUAUUUUAUGUCAACUUCUCAACAAUCUACCUGCGACGAUUUUAUUGACACGGAUCAUUGAACAGGAACAAUUUACAAAUCAGAUGGAACAGUCCCCUAUUGUGAAGAAUGCAAUACUUUUUGGAUUGAUUGCUGGUAGUAAUCUUGGCGCAUGUUUGACGUUAGUUGGAAGUUUAGCUGGUAUCAUGUUUGAACAUAUAUUGAGAACCAAAGGUAUCUUGAAUUUAGGAUACUUUCAAUUUGCGAAAUGGAACGUCAUGUUAUUACCUAGUAUAGUUAUAACAGUCGUAUGUAUUUUGAUUUUAGAAUUAUAUGUCAUUUUUAUUAUUAUUCAAUAAAAAACUAUCUUUAUAUAUUUAAUCAAAUGAUG